GCACUCGCGACUGGCGGCUCAUCUAUAUCACCUUCGGAUGACGGACUCUCCGUACUGCCAGUGGUGUCCCUCACAGCCUGAGACGGUGGAACACUUCCUGCUGUGGUGCCCACGUUAUCACUCUGCACGGACUACUCUCCGUGCGGCCUUGCGCACACUUGGGGUGCACACUUUCACUCUACCUGUCCUCCUCAACGGGGAGGGGUUUCGCCCUCUGGACCGUCAGGAGAUAUUGGCUUGUACCUGCUCCUUCCUGCUGGCUUCAGGGCGUAUCAGAGACAUAUAAUACAUAGUUAUUAGUCAAGACAUUCUUCCACUUUGGUCGAUAUUCCCUCUCCUAGCACUGGACGGCCGGGCUCGAUACGGCGUAUGCUGUCAGUGGCCCUGAAACCCAAACAGAAGAAGAAGAAGAAACUUGGAGAGCAUCACCUUAAUGCAGGCGACAAGCAGCAGCAGUUACUAAAUAAACUUAACACUACUCAAGUUUAUUGUACCGGUAACUGCUAAGACAGUCACAGCUGGAAUGAUGAUAGCCAAACUUGUGAAACCUCAGACAUUUCUCAGCUUGGCAAUGUUUGGUCAACAUAAUGCUUGCCUUUGUCGGUUCAGUCCAUCCUUUACAGCUAGACAAAUGUCAUUAGCAUCAAGUAAUGAAGAUAUCAUUGUUGAUAAGCGAGGAGAAGGUGGAUGUGUUGGCGUGGUCACAAUGAAUCGCCCUGAUGUUAUGAACAGCUUUACCAAUUCAUAUAUGGGAAGAUUGGGAAAAACUAUGAGAAAUAUGGACGCUGAUUCUAGUGUUGCUGCCAUUGUUAUUACUGGAGGUGAAAAAGUAUUUUCUGCAGGGGGUGACAUUACUGUCAUGCAAGAUAUGAAAUUUAAGGAUUGUUAUUGGAGCUUCAUGAAGAACUUUGACACAGUAGUUAAUGUGAGGAAACCAGUAAUAGCUGCUGUGAAUGGCUUUGCUGUUGGUGGUGGUUGUGAACUUGCACUAAUGUGUGACAUAAUUCUUGCUGGGGAGAAAGCCAAGUUUGGAAUACCAGAUAGUAAAAUUGGAACUGUUGCUGGGGGAGGUGGCACUCAACGGCUCUCUCAAGUUAUCGGGAAGUCUCGUGCCAUGCAGAUGUGUCUUAUGGGGAAUACUGUUACUGCUCAGCAAGCUGAAGCUUGGGGACUGGUGAGUUCUGUUUAUCCUCCAGACCAAGUAUUAAAUGAAGCUGUUAAACUUGGAGAAAAGAUUGCUCAACACUCCAAGCUGAUUGUAGCUAUAUGCAAGGAGUCCAUAAACAAAUCAUUUGAUUUGUCACUGAAUAAUAAUAAUACA